UUGAGGAGGAAUAGAGAGUUACAUCAACGAAUAGAAGCCUAGGUUUGACUUCGUCAAAAACAUUGCCCGUCCGAAUAAACAGUCUUUGACUUGGGAAAAAAACAGUACCUCAACCUGCACCAGAAAAACCAAUGCAAGAGUAUGUUUCAGUAUAACUCGAUCACAGUGUCACUUGCUAGCUAGCUCUUGUGAAUGGCGGCCUGGCGGGGCAUAUACCAGAUCAAAUACCAAAUUCCUGUACAACUAUGAAGCAAAAUCAUCAAGCAAAGCACGAUUUGUAUAAUUACCAGUGACGAAAUCUCAAAGUUUCGAGUAUAUUUGCAAUUGUUCAUUCUCAAUUUCUCAAUUACCAUGGCAUGGUUUACUGAAAUAUGUUGAUGGGUCUCAUCCUUGCCCACCCCAAUUCCACAUCUCUAGUGACAGUUCUCUCGUUUCUGAUAAUACUGGCAAGAUAGCUUACUCAUCUUCAUGAUCACAACUACACUUUCUGCAGAAGCUUUGACUUGGGUAAUCGGUUGUCAAACAUCUAUGGAGGUAUGGGUUACUCUCAAGCAAAGAUAUGCUAUAAUUUCAGAAUCUCCUGUCAUGAAAUUGAAAAGAAAUUUGCCAUCUAUUCACAAAGGGUGUGAUAGUAUUGACAAGUAUUUGCUGCGUUUUAAAUCAAUUAGAGAUCAAUUGGCUGUUGCUGGGGUGUGUAUUUCUGAUCAAGAUGCUAAAGCUCUUAUUCUUGCUGGAUUACCUAGUGAAUAUGGCCACACAAGACAAAUCAUAAGGGCUAAAGAUAAUAUAGAGUUGGAAGAAGUUAGGUGUUUGUUGCUUUCUGCUGAGUAUGAGAUUGAAUUAGAACACAAAGCAAUGGGUUUAUCUCCUUUAGCUGCUAUGAUGGCUCACAAUUAUGGCAUUUCUGGUGGAAAUGUAUCUUUACCAUGUGAAUCUCAAGGGAUGCAAGGUACUCCGUAUAAUUGUUCUAUUGCUACUGGGUCUUAUUCAAAUGCUUAUAAUGGUUCUAUCAUGCCUAAUUGUGUCACUCAGUUCAGUGCAUAUAAUGCCGUUCCUAGCAAUGCAAUACCUCAAAUUGGGUAUGUACCUCCAAUGACCACCAAUACUGGAUUUAUGAAUACAUAUGGUAUGACUCCUUUUAAUGUUUGUAUGAAUGUUUGGAAGGAGCCUUGUGAUAUAGUGCAGCCUACGGUUUAUAAUGUGGAACAGGGAUUGAAAGCAUCACCUGACUCUAAAAUAAGUGAUGGCAGAUGUGGUCCUGCUGAUAAUGCUCUAGGAUCUUUAAAAGAUGCAGUUGUGGAGGAGGUUUCCUGUGAGAUUGGCAGCACUGUUGUAGAUAAUAAUGGUAAAGGCCCUGGUGCAACGUCCAGCUUCCUUGAUGAUCCAAAAUAUCCUGAAGAGAUGUCAGGUGGUGAGAGCUGUCACUUACAGAAGUGUUGUCCUGAGGUCAAGCCUGUAGGCAAAACAGAAGAUGUGAUUAAGGCUGCACCAGGUGCCUCCGUUGGUGAAAGCCUCUCUUUGGUAACUUUAAUUGCAAAGGAUCUGGUUGAAUCUGCAUCUCAUAGGCUUGUUCCAAGUCAUCCAUACUCUGCCAUUACUACCUCACAGAAGACUACAUCUUCAACAAGUAGAUCAAGUGGUUGUAUGGCUCAAUAUAAUAGUGGAAAUGGUGGUACAUACUUAUAGUACUCCAAUGCUCAGCACACUAAUGACUCUAAUGAUUUAUUUACACAACAAUUUGGUACAACUUUAAGCAAGGGAACGGGAGCAGAAUUUACAAGGCCAUCAACUUCAGAUUUAGUAGUAGUAACUCCUCUAGAUACUACUAUGUUGAACUGUAGGCAGGCCUCUCGACCUAUGGAGCUAUGGCGAUCACUAGCUUCCCCUCAUUCCUCCGGGUUGACACAAGUAUUCUAGGCACUAACUCUGCUGCAAACUAGUUCUUGGUUCUCCAAGCACUAGUUUGAGGGGGAUGUUAAGAGUAUAUGUCAAAAUCAACAGAGAUGGUCAAAGGUCAAAGUGAUAAUGUCAAGUUAGUAUAUAUAGGAAUUCUAUCCUUUACUGUAGGUAGAAAGAACUAAAUGGAGUUGGAAUUGGAAGAAGAAUAAGGUGUGCAUAUGUUUCUAUCUGUUGCAAGAAUUUUAUGCUUGUUGCUCUCAAGUUCUCUCCACACAAGUGGCCUACAGAAGCAAAUAUAUGUGCAUAUGAAUUUCUUGUUAGUUGCCACAAAAAGAAAAUAAUGUAUUGUUAUUUCCACUGUGUGCCAACUACAGGCACUGAUCUACACCGUAUGAAGUAAGUAAAUAUAUGUGGAAGUUUCAUGCUUGUCAAUGAAAAUUUGUGGGAAUGGUUUAUUAUGAUUAUUACAAUAAUAGUAGAGUACUAUGAUUACUAUCUAACUUCUAAACAAACCUUCUCUUCAUGCUUGCCAUACGCUUUGCUCUCAUCACAUGGAACUUGUUUUGUACAUUGUCUAGGAAAUGGUAAUAUGCAUACCUCCACUUCGUCACAAGCACUAAAGGACCACAGACUCCCCAAAAUCCUGUAUUGAACCCAAGUGCAACGAAAACAUAAAACCAUGAAAUUUGAUGCUCCUCCGUGUCUGCAUCUUGGGUGCUCAUCUCAGGUGCAUCAGCACCCAUUGUUGUCUGACACUCAUUUGAAAGUGGGGCACCACAAAGUUUCAGAUUCCCCUCAAAUGCAGAAGCAUUAAAACUUUGGAGCUGAGUGCUUGAUGGUAUUGGUCCUCGGAGAUUAUUGUACGAGACAUUGAAACGUGACAAGAAAUUAAGACCUGUGAAUGAUGCCGGGAUUUUUCCAGUCAAAUGGUUCAUGGAGAGAUCCAGUACCUCAAUAUACUUCAGGUUAGAAAUCUGGUCUGGAAUGUUGCCGGAGAAGUUGUUGGCACUAAGAUCCAGCAGUUGGAGAAGCUGCAAUUGGCCAAUCUCAAUAGGUAUAUUCCCACUAAGGCAAUUGUGACCUAGGUAUAUAAAUGGGGUAUAAAAUAUAUAAUUAUACUGUAAAGGUUUUGCAUGAGCACUAGGACGGCAGUAGAUAGGCAGUUCAAGAGAAAUUCGACCUACUUGAGCUGCAGUUUUUCCAGAUACUAACAUAGGUAUUGUGCACAAUUCCUUUGGAAAUUCUCCAGAAAGUUGGUUGAAUUGCAUCAUUAAAGUUUGCAGCCUUGGAAGAGUCCCCAGCCAACUUGGAAUUGAGCCAGUGAUUCUGUUGUGAUUCAGAUUCAAGACCUGUAAAUUUUUCAGCUUCGAUAGCCAUGAAGGAAUUAUACCACUAAGGUUACAUGAAUUCAGAUCUAAAAUUUGAAGAUUUUGAAAUCCAUUAAAAUCCGCCAUUUCAACACCGUUUGGCAUUUCCUCACCUAAAAAACUAGAUGCUAAUGAUAGGACUACAAGGCGUCUGCAACCCAUCAGUAUCUUCACUGCCUCGCUGAUAUUUGUCAAACGUUUGUUCCAACCAAGUGACAGGAAGGAUAGGUAUUUCAAUGAAAGAAUUUCAGGCUGUAUUUGAACCUCUAGAUUAUUGUAGCCCACUCGAAUUGCUUUCAAGAACUUGCAUGAGUAGAGGCUUCUUGGAAAGAUACCAAAGAAGUUAUUAUGUCGCAAGUCGAGUUUAUUAAGUUGGCUAAAUUUGGAAAAAUUGAGCAUGGAGAUAUCACCUCCCAAGUUGUUGGCUCCCAUACGUAGUUCAAUAAGGUUUGUGCAAUUCAUCAGAGAUAGGGGCAAUGAACCUUCCAGAUAGUUGAAAUCAAGGAGUACGUGUUUCAACUUGGAGAGCUUUCCAAGAUGGAGAGGGAGCACACCAUUCAAUUGGUUAUAGGAGAGGUCAAGGGUUGUAAGGUUGGUGAGGUUGGAAAUUCUAUCACUCACUGCUCCAUACAAUGAAUUCCGAAGUAGUGAAAUCUCUUCAAGUGUGGUAGAAUUAAAGAUAUCUUCUGGAAGCGUUCCUGACAGGUAAUUGUAACCAGCACGGAAGACCUGCAGUUUGGAACACUUCCCCAAUCCAGAAGAUAUACUACCAUUGAACUUAUUGAAGGAAAAAUCAAGGUGGCGUAACGAGGAAGAAGAAGGAUGACAAAUAAAGGAUGGGAUAGGACCUGAAAAGGUGUUGUUACUGACAUUGAAACUAGUCAAAUUCCAAGCUUGUUGAAAAAAGAAAGAUGGAAUUUCACCCUGUAAACGAUUGCUGGAAAGAUCCACCAUCCGAAUAUGACUGGAUGGUAGAGAAGAUGGUAACACUCCAAAGAGAAGGUUAUAGCUCAAAUCUAGGAUUUCGAGAUCAUUCAUGGACAAGAAGAGUUCAGUUUGAUCUAGAGAACCAUAAAGUGAAUUGUGGGAGAGAUUCAAGUGGGUGAGAUGUGUGAGAUUUCCAAGUGAUGAUGAUAGAAAAGUACCUUCUUUGAGUUUAAGUCCUUUGGAAGGUAACUGCAAAUGGGUGAUCCAACCACCCUCAUUACAUGUGAUGCCCUCCCAAUUGCAACAGUCAGCGGAAGUCCAAUUCAAGUGAGGGGAAGACAGAGUGAGAGCUAAGAACCGCAGGGAGCUGCGUUCGCUUUGGUUGCAAGCAUGAAUGUUUUCAAAGAUGAUAUUAGAAGAGAAUAUGAAGAGCAAGAAGAAAAGGAAUGCAUUAGCCAUUUGAUGAUAAAGCUGCACUAGCAGGUCAGU